AUGCUUCGGCGAACUCUCUCUGCCAAAGCUGCCCUAGAGCCACGCCUGCGAUGCACAGAGGUCGAUGAGAACGGAGAGACCACAAUCACCGAUGGCGAGUUCAAGAAGACGGAACUAAUUGCGAAGUACGGCCUCUUGCCUCGCGAUCUACGUAAAAUCGAUUCUUCAAACCUCCCACACAUACUGAUCCGACCCUCGGCCAUUCUCCUCAAUCUCCUGCACCUGAAGGUUCUGAUCAAGCACGACCGGUCUGCUUUCUUGUACGACCUACAAGCCAAGCUUCGCCAAAAGAACACACCAGGUGUAGGUGGACUUCCUUAUGAAUUCCGAGCACUGGAGGCGGUUUUGACCUCGGUCACGUCGGAGCUGGAGGCGGAUUUCGAGGCUGUCCGGGAUCCCGUCAUCCGCGUUCUGAGCGAACUGGAGGAUGAUAUCGACCGACAAAAACUUCGAAUCCUCCUCAUCUUGUCCAAGCGUGUCAGUACCUUUGAACAAAAGGCAAAGCUUGUUCGUGAUGCUAUUGACGAGCUUCUCGAGGCCGACGACGAUCUUGCCGACAUGUACCUAACAGAGAAGGCAAGCGAUUUGUAUCGUGGUGUCGAAGAUCACACCGAAGUUGAGAUCCUCCUUGAAUCCUACCACAAGAUAUGUGAUGAAAUCGCCCAGGAGGCUAGUAACCUGGUCUCCAGUAUCAGAAAUACCGAGGAAAUUAUUCGAGCUAUCCUUGACGCCAACCGAAACUCCCUCAUGCUGUUGGAGCUCAAGUUCAGUAUCGGCACCCUCGGACUAGCUAUGGGAACUUUCCUAGCCGGUUUGUAUGGAAUGAACCUGGAGAAUUUCAUCGAAGAAACUAACUGGGGCUUCGGUGGCGUUACCGCGACCUCGACUUUCUUCUCUCUCGUUGUCUGCUGGUAUGGCUUGGUUAAGCUCCGCAAGGUUCAGCGCAUCAAGAUGUUGGGCGAUGAACGCGCGACUUUACCUCGCUCCCAUCAACAUUGGCUUAGCCAAUCAGGAACGGACAGCAUGUUGGACCCUAGGAGCCGCGAAAGGAUGCGAAGAAUGGCCACCCAGAAACAACAGCCCCCAAGCCCAAGAGGUGGUGGUGGUUUUGGUGAAGCGGCAAGACGGUACCUAGAUUCCGCGCCCGGCAAGAGCGACGCUGGUCGCGCAAAAAGAUGGCAGGAACUCCCCGAGGAGGGACUCACAACCGGGAGAAGGGGCUUCCAACCCUCCACCCAGGUCUACCUGAGACAAUCGUCUUCAGGCCACUCUCGUCCUGAUGCUUAG